AUUCCCCCUGUGUUUUUCAGAAACAUGAUUGGCUGUGAAAGCCUGAAGGGGUGAGAGCCUGAGAGGUGGCCGCUCCAAUGGCGUGGACCGAGCCACGGCCGCAUCCACACCCAAAGCCAGAACCUAAACUGACACUUUACAAUCUCAGGACUCACACAUCAGCCACAUCUUUCUCAUCAGCCAGUAUUAAAGCCCAUCCUCCAGUUUUACUACCCUUCCUCUUCCUUUUAUUUGCUGCCUUUGCUGACCUUGGUACAGCUGGUCCACCCCAGAAAGCUCGCCCCCCUCUCCUAUAUGGACAGCCUUUUAUCAUCUUCUGGGGCAUCCCUGACUCUUCCUGUUCUGGUCGGCCUGACCCUGGAUCUUUUGGGAUGGAACGGGAGGGCCGCGUGUUGGUCUUUUACGAGGACACAUUGGGGAACUACCCGUAUUUUGUAGAGCGAGACACACCGGUCAAUGGGGGACUACCACAGCACACACGGCUGGACAGCCACCUUCAGAAGAUUCAGCAGGACUUGGAGACAGCUUUACCUGCCCCAAGAUACCUUGGGCUAGGGGUCGUACGCUGGUCAGAGUGGGUCCCCCAGUGGUCGCGAAACCGAGAGAGGCAGGCAAUGUAUCCUGAGGCAUCGAGGAACCUGAUGAAAGCUUUCUUUCCUGCCUGGACCCCGGAAGAGGUGGAGAAGUGGUCAAAGGUGGACUUUGAGGCAGCAGCCCAGUCAGUAAUGACGGAGACUCUACGGGAGGUCAAAAGGUCAAGGCCAAAAGCAUUAUGGGGAGUCUCCCCUUACCCCAGCUGCUACACUGGCGACCCUGCCCAAACCAUGUUAGCCAAUUACACCGGCCAGUGCCCUGCUGCAGAGAUGGCCCUUAACGAUGAGCUCCUGUGGCUAUGGAAACGAUGCUCUGCCCUCUACCCUCUCCUCACCCUGGAGAAGCUGCAGGGUGAAACCUCUGGAGCCAGGCUUUAUUUGUCCAGUCAAAUCAAAGAAGCACAACGAGUAUCAUCCCUGGCUGGAACGGCGUUCGAUCUUCCUGUAUUCCCACUUGUCAAAAGCGUCUACGCUUCAACUAAUACAUUCCUAUCACAGGCAGACCUGGUCAGCACCAUAGGAGAGAGUGCUGCCAUGGGAACAGCCGGAGUAGUCAUCUGGGAGAGAAAAGAGACUAAGACAGAGCGAGAGUGUCAGGACCUGGCAGAGUUUGUCCGUAAAGUUCUGGGACCUUACUCCAUCAACGUAACCACAGCAACUCGACUGUGCUCAGCCUCCCUGUGCCAGGGAAAAGGCCGAUGUGUCCGUCAAAAUCCAGACAGCUCUGCCUACCUCCACCUCCCGCCCCCCUCCGAAGUGCUGGAGAAGGUGACAGAAAAGGCAGAGGCAGCAAAGACCACAGACCAGCCGGACACAGAUGCCAAACCAGCUGAACCUGACCCAGCUGAGAUCUGGAAGAAAGACUUCCAGUGCCAGUGGUACAAGACUGCAGACAGGGACGUCUCAGACCAGCAGUCCCCCAAAGAUGGGGCUUCUGUUGGGGGAACGGUAGAAGAAAAUGCUGGAGAUGUAGUGGGGACGACGACAGCCUCUACUACAAUAGCUUCAUCAACAAAAGGUGCCUCUGGGACUGAGUUAAGGGAAAGCGGUUCACCUGUUACUGUUACUGGUACUGGAAGUCCAACGCCUUCACUGGCAGAACCUACAGACUGCGGUACGAGUCUGCUGACUUCCUCAAACCUAACUGUCCUGCUGCUGCUGGUGGCUCUAAGUCUCUGCCUGGAACCUUAA